AUGUUUCUUGCCAGGAGGGCUGUCGCUCCGGCGAGGCGCGCCCUGGUUCAGCGCCAGCAACCCCGCCGUUCCGAUUCGCACUCUGCACACCACGAACCUGUCAACGAACACCUCGGACGCGGUUUCUACAUCUCUGUUGCCUCUAUCCCCAUCGGUCUGGCACUCUACAAGUACUCCACGUCUGAUGCCAGCUCAAAGCCAUGGUUGACCGACGUCAUCGAGGCCUUCACCGCGAGCGAGGCUGUCUUGGAACGAAACAACGCUCUCCACACCCGGGCAAUUGAGCAGGCAGCUGCAGACCGCCAUCUGUUCCACAGUCAGAAUCCUCCGCUGACUAUUGACCUUGCCUUUCCCGAAUUGUUCAACACUGGCUCCCCCAUAAACAUGUCUCCUGGUAACUCUGCCGGAGAUCUCUCCACGGUCGUGGCACAUUAUGAAAAACGCCGAGCAGAUAUGGAAGAGGCAAGACUAGGACGCAUGAAGGAUGGAAAGGUCUAG